AUGCCAUUUUCAUUAAGCAAUUAUCAAAAGGCCAUAGAAAUAUCAAAUGAUUUGAGACGAUUGAUACCGGUUGGAUGUUUAAACUUUUAUGAUCUUCCGUUGAGCAUGACAGACCUAUAUGGAAUUCAUAGUCCCGAUGGUUGGAAAUGGUUUGACAUUGACUUUUUUGUUCAUAUAUGUCAGGGGAAGGUCAAUAAGAUUAUAUUAUAUUUACAAUUCUUAAUUGAUUUUCAAUUUUUCAAAGCAACAUUUAAGAUAUUUUCACUUAAAGAAGAUAGGGAAAUUAAGAUUUGUAAAGUUAGACUAUAUGCCAUACCCAAAGACAUUGAUGGAGCAAGAUAUAUAAAUGAUUGGAGAUCAGAAAGACCCAAAAAGUUCAACAUCGAUAAGAACUAUAGAACCUUUUUUGAAAUUAUUUUAAGGUAUAUCGACUUUUCCAAACUGGGUUGGAAUAUGGAUACAAUUGUUCCCAUCGACGAGUUUCUCCUGAACCCAAUUGUACUUUUUCAUCAUACUAAGGAGAGUGCAAUGAUGAAGCCCAACAUAGAUGAAUUUAACUAUAUCGUAAAUAGGUGGAAGAAUAACUCAUAUGUUACCUUUUGUGAGUCAAAAAGCAAUGAAACGUCGUUUGGAAAAACAAUCAGAAACAUAUAUAACUCAAUUCCCUCGCCGCAUCUUCUGGGUCAUAAAAUUCUGGAAAGGGGUAAUAUAAAUAGCCUUAAUCCAGAGGUACAGUUGAGUGCACUUCUGCAGAGUCUCAAAGCAGGAACCCUAGUUACAAUAACAGGCGUUAAGUCAACACUAUAUCCAUUUCAAAUCAGGUCCGUCGCAAGCAUGCUAGAAAGAGAAACGAAACCCGAGAUGUCACUUAUUCCAAAUUUAAUCAAACUCAAAUCACCAUUGGGAAAUUCAGACUACUAUUUUGAUUUAACAAACAAACUAAUUUGUUCUAAACCGGAGAUGUUAUCACUUCCCCGAGGCGGGAUUCUUGCAGAAAAUAUGGGUUCUGGUAAAACAUUGAUAUGUCUCGCAUUAGUAUGUUUAAGCAAGUACGAGUUUUCUAAAAUUACUGAUGAAUUACUUCUAGAGGGUGGAAGUGUUCCAACGAAUAUAGAAGGAAUGAAAAUUGAAGAAGAAGCGACCAUGCAUUGUUCAUAUGUGAAGCCACUACGUACAAUUUGCCAGCAAACUGUUGUUCAAAAUUCAUUACCUUGGAAACACUUUGCAUCCGAUUUACCAGAAUCAGUUCUGGAUUCUCUUACUUCCCAACCUGGAUACUUUAGGGUUACAACCGAAAAAUUCACUGGAGGACUUCUGAAACGAAGGGGACGAAGCAGUAGAACUAACCAAAUACCUCAAACUAGAAAACUAUAUCUUUGCAAUACUACUAUCAUCAUCAUCCCAGAUAAUCUUUUUGCUCAAUGGAAUACGGAAAUCAAAAAGCAUAUUGGACAAGAGUACUUGCAAAUACUAUUCAUAUCAAAUUAUUUUAAAACUCCAAUAGAAGCUUCGACCAAAACAUAUACAAAGAGCUUGCCACAAGACCCAACAGAGCUUGUAAAGUAUGAUUUAGUUGUUCUUUCCAGCUCUUGUCUAACGAAAGAAGACAUGGAAGACAAUCCAGUAAUGCAACUUUAUUGGAAGAGAGUUAUAAUUGAUGAAGGUCAUCUGGUGAAUUCCAAGACAUCUAGGAUGAGUUCUUUAAGUAAAUAUCUUUUUGCAGAAAGGAAAUGGGUUGUUAGUGGAACUCCAACUUCUGGACUUACACAUUUGUACAUGGACGAGGAGGAAAAAGCACACCAGAAUAGAUAUGUGAUCAAAUCGAAGUUCGAUGAGAAAGAGGAUUUAAUAAAGUUGGGAACUAUUAUUGGAAACUUUUUAAAGAUUGAACCGUUUGCAACAUUUCCCAGAAAAUGGUCUUCGAUGAUCAUUAAGCCUUUAUUACAGAAUGUUUACGGUUCGGAAUUGACUCUAUCUAACUUACUAAAUGAAAUAAUGAUAAGACACAAUCCACGAGACAUAGAGCGAGAUCUCAAGUUGCCACAAUUACAUCAUUCAGCUGUGUUUUUAAAGCCGUCAUAUCAUAAUAUUAUUUCAGUUAAUCUAUUUACAGCUGUACUUGCCGUCAAUGCAGUCACUUCAGAACGUACAGAUAUCGAUUACAUGUUUCAUCCGGCAAAUCGACAACAGUUAAGAAAAUUGAUAACCAAUUUACAAAGAGCCACGUUUCAUUGGACAGGUUUCAAGCAAGAGGAUGUAGAAACACUAAUUCAUAUUUGUUUGACAUCUCUCAAGAGACAAGAAGAAAAGGGUAGCUAUUCCGAUGUAGAUGUACAGUUGCUAAACAGGGCCAUGAAAGCGGCAAAUAUGGCGUUGAAAAACAGACAGUGGAGAACAUCUUCCUUGUUGCAUGAAAUGAACUAUUAUGUGUCUGGAUUACCUGAGUCAAUAGCAAGGGUCCUUGUGACAGGCAAAAUCGAGAAUCAGGAGAUCAGUGUAUUUGGAGCUCCUCAUUUAUUGUCAUUGCAGGAAUUCUGGUAUAAAAACCGAUACGACAACGAAACACGCUUGUCGGAGAAGUUAGAGAGUGUAGCAAAGACCUUUUGGGAUAAUUAUUGGAAACAAACCGUAAAAAGAAAUUCCGAACGAUUCAAGAAACAAGACCAGACGCAAGAUUUUGAAACGAAGAUCAAUUCAACUGCUAGCUCAAUUCAAGGUGAAAAUACACAGCAUGUGAAAUCAGAGGAUAUCAAAGAGACAUUUUCAGUUUCAAGGAGACAUAAACUACAAGAUGAACAUUCGCUAAAGAAAGAUGUGGCAUUAGAAGUUAGCAAGUUAGAUAGAUUCGAUCAUUCAACCGCAACAGAUAUCUCAUCGUUUGAAAAGAUCCGACAAGCUAGAAUUCUCGGUACAGCAUCAUCUAAACUUUCGUAUCUUGCUAGUAGAUUACUUGAACAUCAAAGAAUGAGUGUAAAAUCAUUGGUAUUCUUUGAGUUUGAAGAUACCGCCUAUUAUCUUACCGAGCUUCUUGAUAUUCUUGGAAUCAACUAUAUUUUAUACGCAACUUUUAUUUCCCCCACAAUCCGAGCUAAGAACUUAGUUGAAUUCUCAAAUCAUGAUAAUGAAUCCCUUGGUGGGAUCACUUUGAUAAUGGAUAUUCGGCUUGCUGCACAUGGUCUUACUAUAAUUUCUGCCACUCAUGUUUAUUUCAUCAGUCCAAUUUGGCAUCAAUCCAUUGAAGCCCAGGCCAUCAAAAGAGCUCAUAGGAUUGGACAAACCAGAGAAGUUUACGUCGAAACUUUGAUUCUUGAAGGGACUUUAGAGGAGGAAAUAUAUAAGAAAAGGGGGUUAGACCAAGAAGAUGAUAACAAGGAAAGAUUUGCAAUUGAUAAUACUGGAAUUCAAGAAUACGUUAUGCGACACGAGUUUUUAGAUAUGGAUGACAACAUGGCACAAUAUUCGUCUUUUAAGGCACCAUCUCUUGUGAAAGAAAGUAUAAUUAAAGACUCAGUUGACGAAUACUCAUUGUUAAGACAUUCAAGUCACGUUGACGACCACGGGAACAGAUCGUGGGAUGUUUUCCUUUUCAGCGAAGAGAGUUUGAAGAAGCUUAACCAGAUACAAGGAAUAAGAGUCAGAGAUGCAGCAACCUCACAGGAGUUCAUUCAACAAAUUGUAAAUACCGAGGAGAGGCCAAGAAAGAGAUUAAUUGUACCUGACUCUAGAGUUCAAUCCAAUAAACGAGUAAGAUUUUAA